CGGUUCAGGCGUUCGGGAGGACUCGUCGGUGGUUCGGGCUGCGCCGGGGGCCGCUGGUAGCCGCCAGACUUCCUGAGCGGUGAGAGAGUGUGCGCGAGGUGGCUGCUGUGCGAGUCGCUGCUCGGAAGUGCACGGUGCUCAGCAGUUUUCAAUGACCGGCCUGGUUACUAAAAUCAGUGGCAUUUCCGGUUGCUCAUUUAUGGAGUUUCUGAAGGGCAGCAGGGACUAUUGCCAGGCACAGCACGGCCGCCUCGCGGACAAGUGAACUCCAGGUCUCUCCCAUUUCAUCUGCUCCACGAGGAAAUCAUCUUAAAUGUAAAAGUGCCAACAGCAAACUGGGAUUCAUCUGGAUACUGGAUUUAAAAAUUGGAUAGUUUGUGAGAAAUAGAGGACGUUUGUUCUUUCAAUGACCUAGCCUGGAUGGGGUAAAUCUGCCUGUGUUUUGUGCAAUUGGAUGCUGUAAGAAGCACCAUUGCUCAGAGACACCAACCAAAACGUGCCAGUCUGAAUUGGAUUUCACAUCAACUGUGUUGAGUCCAAUUGUGAGAGUGGAAAUUUUAAAAGCACAAGUGCGAACAGCGAAAAGGAUCACAAAGUGCUGCUUCAGAAUCUCCCUUUUUUUUAUACACUUUUUUUUUGACGUUGCAACCACAAUGAACCGCCCGGCCCCCGUAGAAAUCAUCUGCGACGGUAUGAAGUUUCUCAUCACACACAACCCAACCAAUGCUACCCUCAACAAGUUCACAGAGGAACUCAAGAAGUUUGGUGUUACCACACUGGUUCGAGUUUGUGAAGCCACCUAUGACAAGGCUCCUGUUGAAAAAGAAGGCAUUCAGGUUUUGGACUGGCCAUUUGAUGAUGGAGCCCCACCUCCUACUCAAAUUGUGGAUGACUGGUUGAACCUGUUGAGAGAGAGAUUCCAUGAUGAACCUGGAUGUUGUAUUGCUGUUCACUGUGUGGCAGGAUUGGGGCGAGCUCCAGUGCUUGUUGCAUUAGCAUUGAUUGAAUCUGGAAUGAAGUACGAAGAUGCUGUUCAGUUUAUAAGGCAGAAAAGACGUGGAGCUUUUAACUCAAAGCAACUACUUUACCUCGAAAAAUAUCGGCCAAAAUGUCGUUUGCGCUUCAAAGCUGCAAAUAGCACAAGCUGCUGCAUCCAGUAACAAUCUGUCUCUGGACUGUAGAUAUCUUGAUGACGCAAACACAGAAAAUUGAAUAUAUUCACAUUCGGUGAAGACAGGACCUUCAAUCUUGAAGUGAAUUUUUAAAAAAAGAAAUGUCUUUGUGGUGAAGGAAUUGUGUAUUUUUCAUAUGAUUGAUCUUAUCAGGGAAGUGUUGCAUCUUAAAAUGGUCUGUAUAGAAAGAAUUCACUACCUCUGUAAAAGGAGGUUAAGAUUAUGUCUGUGCAAAGUCCCACUGUCACCUCACUUUGUAGACCUCACUUGCAAUGCACAAAGACUUCUUAAGGUUAUGGUUCGAUGCAAUAGUUUAUCCCUUUGAUUGCAGCAGGUAGGCAAAAUAAAAGAUGGAAUCUGGCACUGUAAUUGUAUUGUAUUUGAUUUCCAGAGAUGAGCAAUGCCAAUCUUAGAGAAUAAGCUCUUUGUUUUGGUGUAAUACAUAAGGUUUCUUCUAGACUUGAAGCAUCAAGUGUAUUAACCUCUUACUUUAGGUUUUUCUAAUCAAUUUUUCAACCAAAAAAGAGGAGGGGGAAGUAACUGUCCUUUUCUUUAAAGGUGAUGUUUUGCAAAUCUUAUGUAGUAACAAUCUGCAAUAUAUGCAUCAGACAGUCUCCAAGAUGUGGAAUGUGUGCUGCAAUAUUGGGUUUGCAGUCCCUUCAUGGCAAAUGCUCCAGCCUGUGUACUAAUAUUACCUUAGUGGGGUUUUCUCUUCCCCACCCUGAGUACAAUGUAGUGUUACACUAAACUGUCUCUUUCCAGGGCAAGAUUUGGAUGGCAGUGAAAUAGUAAAUUACCACACCACAAUGGUUCCUGUUACUGUUUUUAUUGGAACCCACAAGAUCGGUAAUUCAAUGUGCUACAGGUUCUUUCUGGGAGGAUUAUUGAUCUAGAAGUUAUGUCCCUCUGAAUGUUACAAGAUAUUUUAUGAAUCUAACAACAGAAAGCAAUAACACAGUAAAGUCUCAUCAUGUUUUACCAAUUUGUUAUACAUAGAAAAAGGAAAAAAAUGAACCAAUAAUAGAUUGAGAGACUAAGAACAUGCAGUGUCUGGAUUUCUAAUGGAGUGUCAGGGUGAGUGAAAAGGUGGAGGUGAAAAUCUAGAAAGUGGUUAAAUGAAGAAUGUAGAUGUCUAACAUCUGGCCAUAAAUGUUGCAUUGAAUUGUAUACAAAAAUGAAUUAAUAUCUGCUUUUCCUUCUACACUCAUUUGCUUACAAUGAGCGUUGGCCAUUUUCUAUAUGUUUUUGUUUGGGUUUUGCACUGAACCCCUCACAAAAAUGUGCAGAAUGUCAAUUUAUUUGAUUUUCUCAUUAUAAGUUUUCAGCUCUUUAUGAAACAAAAGGCCAAAAAAAGCUUUUUUUAUUCACUUUAAAUAUAGAGGAAGGAUAGGAAUUUCAUGAGCUGUGGAUGUGAGAAAUGAAACUGAUCUCUUGGGUAGUUAAGUAAAAGUGCAGCUUGUUGCUUGUGUCCAAUCAUCAGACUGGUAUUUCAGGAGAAAUUGCUUCUGAAUCAUGACUUAAUCUUUUUUUAAAAUAGAUUUUCUCCUGAUAGUGUUUUUUUUAAAAAAAACUUUCACAAAUAUUAUUUCUGUUUAAGCACUUGUUACUCAUCUGGUACCAUACAAUAAAUCUGGCCGCCCUACAUUGUUACACUGAUACUUGAUCAGACCCAUUUUGCAAAUUUAACUGGGCUGUUUCUGAUUCUAUAAAUGUGAUUCAUGCAAAAGCUUACAUCACAGUCAUAGCCAAAUGUGUACAGAGGCACAAUGUACCCAGCAGAGACUCUUGAAACAAAUGUGCAACAUUUUCACUAUUUAAGAGCAUUAUCACUCUAACUUUAGUACGUACUAAUUUUACACAAGUGAGAUUCCUUAAUGCUCCUUAGAUGUGGGGUCAAGCUGCUAUUUGCUGAUGCAAAAUGAAUUAACCAGUGCCUGUUACCAUAGAUGGCACUAAUGCCAAAGGACUUCCUGGUGUCUAAACAUUUGAGGACAAUGUGGAAACAGGCCCUUCGGCCCAACAAGUCCACACCGACCCACCCAUUCCCCUACAGUUACUCCUUAACUAACACUACGGGCAAUUUAGCAUGGCCUAUUCACCUGACCUGCACAUCUUUGUGACUGUGGGAGGAAACCGGAGCACCCAGAGGAAACCCACGCAGACACUGGGAGAAUGUGCAAACUCCACACAGUCAGUCGCCCGAGGCGGUAAUUGAACCCGGGUCCCUGGCGCUGUGAGGCAGCAGUGCUAACCACUGUGCCACCGUGCCGCCCGUGACCUGUGCCAUGACUUGUUCAUUUGCAGCAUGUUUGUGGGCAGUGUCCAGCAUAGGAGAGUAAGGUGCAACUUAAUUUAACUCCCCUAAAAGAUAGCAAAUGCUUGAAUGUGAUUCUGGAGAAACAAUUUUGUGUCUACCCUCGUAUUGCAGAUAUUUUCCAUUGUACAGGAUGUAACAAAACAAGAAAGUGAGCUGAGUAACUGGAGCAUACCAGUUAUAUCAGCUAAAGCCUAGCUAAUCUUUAACUGUGCCUGACUGUCCAGUAUGAUUCUGUUAUGUUAAACCUGACUCAACCUAAUUUCCUUCUCCCCAUAAUUUCUUAUCAAGGUUAAAUUUAAUAUAACGUUGAAAAAGUGGUUAUAAACACAAUCUUCUGUACUUCUGGUGUGAUUUGCCAUUUUCCAACAUUACAUGAGAAGCUCUUCAAGAAUUUUCUGAAUCAUUUGUACACCUUUAGAACUAUUUAAUUGUAUAUUUUGAAGUUAUUUGACUUUUUUUAUUUAGUAAUUUCCAAUUCUUCCAAGAACAAUCCAAAGUAAUACACCUUAAUUUAUAACAAUCAGUGCCCUGGAAUUCUGAUGCUCUAAUCAUAGAUAUUUUGACUUGCACACUGUCAAGUCUUGUCAAUACAUGCUUCAGCAGUAAUUAGUAGCUGUUCUUUAAAGAAUAUGAAGACUGGAAAUAGCUGACCUAUGUGGUCAUAAAUCUGGUAGCUCUGUCUUUGCAGCACUGUACUCUAUCUUGGGAAUCCUGGAUAGCUUUGUUACUAGUAUGCUGUUUUGAUGCUACAUUGCUUCAUGUCUAGUAUCUAUCCCCAUAUAAAUCUAAAAGAAAUCACAUAGGAACUGAGUUAGAUUUAAAAUUUUUGGGAGGAGAAGGAAUUCCCACGUUUUUAAUCUGAGGGGAAAUGGGAUAAUGUGAUCUAGCCACACUUUCCAUCUCUUGUGUGAAAAUUUAUAGCUCAUAUUUAGAAGGAAAAUCUCAAGACACCCUCUGUUUAUAUGUUUUGCUUUUUAAUUGAAGAGCCUGUCAAACCCUGCUAUAUUGGAGAGUGCGCUAAUCAUUUCAUUGUGACUUUUGAGAAAUUGAACGAGAUUCAUGUGGUCCAAAACACCCAUUUCUUUGUGAACCUACCCUUUUAUUUAAAGAGGUAAAUGUUAAGAAGCUGGCCUCCUGUUUCCUUGAGGUUUACUGGGAUAGCCUUGUAAAGUGUGGGUUUGUUGUGAUAGGGAAAUCUGUUUUUUUAAAAAAUAAUAAAUUAAUUGAACCUCUGGAGGUGAAGAGACAGCUUAAUUACAUUUACAAAUCAAUUCUUUGUUUCAGAAAAUAAUUUCCUCUAACUUGAAAAUUAUUUCUAUUUUGCAUUUGUCUUCAGACAUUAGGAAGGACAUCUAAUUUAUUUGUGUACAUCUUGAUGGCAGUUGACAAAUUCAAACAUUUGAUCAGGAGAUAAUUAAGUUUAAAAAAAAUCUAAACUAGUGAUGGACAAAUGGGAUUACUGGACUGGUGAAAAUAACCAGAUACUGCAGGUACCAGGCCAGUGUUGGAAAUGCCCAGUUAUUGGGGCCUCUUCAAGACACUUUCAGGGAAUUUUGAUGUCCCAGUACCUAUACCCAGGUUCACUUUGUUUCUUGUGGACUUUGUGUUAUCAGAUCUAUGCUUUUGAGUGCUAAAAUAAAUACCAAGGGUGAAAUAGUUACAUUAGCAAGUAAUCUAUCACUAUUUCAAACUUGUAUUUAGAAUCAAUUUUCUUUCAUUUCAAAAUUAACAAACUAUACUAAAUGACUUGGUGAUUUCUGUCCUGGAAAGACUGCAUUCCUUUUUAAAUUAUAAUAUGUGUUCAGAGGGAAACUCGAGUAGACAUGAACAAUCACCAAAUACAAAACUUCAACAGAGCCUUGGUUGAUGAGGUUACCUGUUCCAAAGGUGGGGCAUCGUGAGCGAUCAUUGAUGUCUUGAGACAUGUGAUUUGAAAUGAGCUAAAAGUUCUUAAUCAUAAAAUAGCGCCUUGACAUUGCUGGUCACUGACUAUGUCAUCUCUAUGACCAUUCUGUGCCUAUCCAAUUGGUGUGUACACACCAACAAUCAUUUAGUAAUUAUCUAAAACUACCGAUAUUUAUAUUUUCAAUGAUCAAUUGUGUUCCAAAUAUAUUCUUUUUUAAUCAUUUUGCAAAACAAAAUGUUAGAAGUGCAAGUCAAUGUUAUGGAAACGCUGCCCCUGCUGUGACAAAAGGGGCGCAGUCUUUCUGGAAUCAUGUUUCAGCAUAAAAUCUGCUUUUCUUGAUUCUAUAUUAAAAGAGAUUGUGUCUUUA